AUGCCCGCCACAAAGACCAACUCCUACCUCGCCGACCUGGAGCGCGACGGCUUCGUCGUCGUCAAGUCCAUCGUCAGCAAGGAAAAGCUCGAGGCCCUGCGCGAGGCCAGUCUCAAGGUCGAGAAGCUUGCCCGCAGCGGCCAGUGGCCUCACAUCCGCACCGUCGGCAAGCAGUUCCCGCCCUGGGAAUGGAACCCCGAGAAGGGCAUCUGGGGCGUCCAGCAUCUCAUGAACCCGGACAUGCCCGGAAACGACAUCUACACCAGCCUGUACUUCUCCGAGGAGGUCCUGAGCAUCGUCCGCGAGCUACUGCAGUGCGAGGAUGAGAAUCUCGUCAUGGAGCUCUUCAACAUGCUCGUUCGCCCGGACGGCCACUUCGAGCUGAGGUGGCACCGCGACGACAUUCCUGCCGAGGCCACCCCCGAGGAGGAGAUGGAGCGUCUGGGCCGCCCGGCUUUCCAUGCCCAGUAUAACUUUGCCCUUUGGGAGGACGACUCCCUCGUUCUGGUGCCGGGCUCCCACAAGCGCGCGCGCACCGAGACCGAGCGCAACGCCGACCCCUUUGAGAAGGUCCUGCCCGACCAGCUCAUCGUCAAACUUGAGCCUGGCGACAUUGCCUUCUACAACAACAACAUCCUGCACCGUGGCGUCUACGACCACACCAAGGACCGCAUGACCCUGCACGGCUCCGUUGGCCACUCUGGCGGCAGCAAGCUUCGCGCACGGAACGUCCUCCAGCACGGCAUCGGGUCCUAUGUCGACAAAGUAGACUUUUCCAAGCUCAGCGAAAGCGAGCGUGAGCGCGCCGAGGCCAUGCGCAAGCGAUUGGUCAAGCUGGGGUCGGAAGCUGGUGACGUCGGCUACUCACUCCAGGGUUAA